AUGGCGCUCGCCAAUACGUUUUAUAACACUCUCGUCAAGCGAAACAGCGUCUACGUGACGUCUAUCUUCGCUGGCGCUUUCGCCUUUGGUAUCGGCUUUGACGUCGGAAUCAGCUCAUUCUGGGACUCCUGGAACCGUGGGAAGCAGUGGAAGGACAUUCGCCACAAAUAUAUUCAGGAGGAAUAG